UUUUUUUUUGCUUAGAUGGGUGUAUGAUCUCACAGCCCACCUGGUGUUAAGUGGUUACUGGAGCCCAUAGACAUCCACAACGUAAAUGCGCCACCCACCUUGAGAUAUAAGUUCCAAGGUCUCGGUAUAGUUACAACGGCUGCCCCACCCUUCAAACCGAAACGCAUUAUUGCUUCACGGCAGAAAUAGGCGGGGCGGUGGUACCUACCCGUGCGGACUCACAAGAGGUCCUACCACCAGUAAUUACGCAAAUUAUAAUUUUGCGGGUUUUGAUUUUUAUUACACGAUGUUAUUCCUUCACCGUGGAAGUCAAUCGUGAACAUUUUGUUAAGUACGUAUUUCAUUAGAAAAAUUGGUACCCGCCUGCGGGAUUCGAACACCGGUGCAUCGCUAGAUACGAAUGCACCGGACGUCUUAUCCUUUAGGCCACGACGACGACAAGUUUUACAAGAGUUCAAGAAUCUACUCGAAAACUCGAGUUCAAGAAUCGUUCAAUGUAUUCAAGCUGCCUGAUUUGAUAUCGAAAAGGAAAUUUAGCACAUCACUAAUGACAGUUGUUUUGCGCUAAACUCGAGUCAGUGAAAUACAGAUUUAUUGUUUUUGUAAUAAAUAAAUAAAAUUGACGGACCAUUCCUUCCUAAGAUAUAAUUCUUAUACACAUACAAAACAUGUCGUUUUUUAAGAGCGUCGCUUCUGGAUUCACAACACGCAGUCGUGACUCAAUUCUUAAAGAAUCAAUAAUAAACAACUUAUCGGAAAGUGUUAAAGACAUACAGUAUAACAAUCAAUUUGAAGAAAAUUUUCACAGUGUUCUUGGUUCGACCGAUUCUACAAGUACCCUGUGCAUGGCCCUUGAAGCAGUCUUUCUUCACGGUCUCAAGGACACAUUAUUAAGAAAAGCCAAAAAUGCUCUCACUGGCGAUUCUGAUCAGCAACCCGAGCCAAACUUUUGGCCGCUCGUUCUAGUACUGUCUCACAGACAAAAUAUAGAUCAAAUUUCAUCUUUGCCUCAGAUCAACACAGAAAUUGGUCAGUGCCGAGCUUGGCUGCGUAUUGCUUUGAAUGAAUGUUUGCUGUCCUCAUAUAUGUCAACUCUACACAAAAAUAUUUCAGCUAUAAAACCAUUCUACAAUCGUAAUGCAUUAGUAUGUGAUCCUGAGAUAUUGGAUGUGGCACAAAGGCUAGUAGAAGGUCUAGAGACAUGUGUACAGUUCAAUUUACCGAUUAAUUCAAGUCUAUUAAAUUACUGGCCUGAACAAGUAUUAAUAAUAGCAGGUAUUUGGGUGCCCAGGGUGAGGGUUGCUCCCAUCAGUGCAGCAUUAGAUGUGGCAAGUAUUAUCACUGAAGAAGAAGAUAAACCUAAAUUGGCAUCUACCCCUAUACACACACCUAGCAUCACUGGGUUGGGUCCAAUACUUGCUCUCAAUGAGGAUGAAGCUUUGGAUUAUAUUCUAUCUAAAAAUUCAAGUGAUAUUAGAAAAGUAACAAAGAGUAAUUUGGAUGAAAAUGACAAAAAUGAAACUAUUGAAAGUAAAAAUGCAGAUGUUAUAUGUGAUGAAAUGGCUACUAAUGAUGGAUCAUUACCACUUCCAAUACAAUAUCCAUCAACAAGUCAAGAUGCAGCAGAUGAACUGCUUGCCUCCCCUACCUCAGUGAAAUCUGAAGAUUUUGAAGCUCAUUGUGAAGUUGUUAUUACUGGCAACUCAUUAAUUGGUAAAGGUUGGUCAGCAGAUAAUAAUGAUGAUUUAAAUGCAUCAAUUCAUUCAAAUUCCUCACAUGGCAGUAGUAUGAUUAAAACUCCAGAAAUAAAAAGUCUGUCUUCAUUAGUGGACCAAACAAAUCCUUUUGCUGAAACAUUCUCUAACAUGCCAAAUCUGAGAGACAUCAUCAAGGAUAUACAUAGAGAACUGAAGUUUACUCCAGAUGAUGUUGCUAGAAGUAACAUAAAAAUUGAUCCUGUUACACCAGAAGACCCUGCUCUUCAGGGUUUGGACUUUGAAGUUGUUCCAAGUUCAAUGACAGAAUCAUUUACUGUUCCUGAACUACAGAGCUUGAUACAACAGUUGGGGGUACUAUCAAGAGAACAGGGUCUUGAUCAUCAAAACUACCAGUGCAAAGGGUGUCAGGAUUUGUUGGGAAGUACAAUAUCAAGAGCUAAAGUUUGUGCUUACACUGGAGAAUACUAUUGCUCUAAUUGCAUGGAUCCAAAUGUUUUUAUUAUUCCUGCCAGAGUUAUACAUAAUUGGGAUUUCAAAAGAUACCCAGUUUCUAAAAAAGCAGCCCUGUUCUUAUUAGAAUUUCAACAUCAUCCAUGGAUAGAUAUGAAGAAAUUAAAUCCUAAAAUAUACUGCGGAGUUUCAGAUAUGGCCCAUUUACAAGAUCUUCGAAUACAACUGAACUUUUUAAGGGCUUACAUUUUUACAUGUCGGGAGCCUGUUAUUGAAGAUCUGCAGAAACGUAUAUGGCCAAGAGAACACUUGUAUGAGCAUGUCCAUUUGUAUACUAUUUCAGAUUUGGCACAGAUUCCAAAUGGUUCCUUGGUUUUGCAGUUAGAAAAAGUGGUUUCAUUUGCUAGGUCUCAUGUAUUGGACUGUUGGCUUUGUAGUCAGAAAGGUUUCAUUUGCGAGGUUUGCAAAGAUCCAAAAAUUUUGUAUCCAUUCGAAACUGCCGGUACAUACAGAUGUGACGAAUGUUCCAGUGUAUUUCAUGACAGAUGUUUGAAUGUAAAUAUACCAUGUCCAAAAUGUAAGAGGAAGCAGAAUCGCACAAAUGACACAUCAUUAGUUGAUGCUGUAAAUGCUUGUUUCAACAAAUUAUAAUUGUAUUAUAAUUAUAAAAUUAAUUUGUGCAUUUUUAACAAUUGGAUUUAAGCCGCAACUGUGUAAAUAUUAAUAAAAAUGAAAUGUAAUUUUAUGAUCCUGUAACAUAUAAUGUGUAAAUUGUAUAAAUUUACUGAUUUAAAAUUAUGUAAUUUAAUCUUAUCUAUAAUAAACAAGGUAAUUAAAACUAGUUCUAAAGAUAUGUUAACAAAGUAGGACAGCAAGAUAAAAAUAUUGCAUGUUUGUGCCCUGUCACAUCAUAUCAAACCAAUAUGGCCAUUAAUGUUUUGUUUUGAAUUGCAUUUGAUAUUAUGGAAUUUCUAAUAAUUAAAGCAUUCAAAUGAUAAUAAUACUUAUAAUAUAAACACAAAUAUCCACCUAAUUAAUUCCUAGAAAUUGAUAAUCUGUAUCAAAUUUUAUUUAUUUAAUGUAUAAACUGUAUAUUGAAAUGUUUGUCUGUGAUUUCGAAAUAAAGGCUUUUCUUAAGCUUU